CGAUAGGUCAAGUUAUCUUUGGAAGUUCCAAAUAGUUUAUUAUAUAAAUAACUUACACAUUGAUAGAAAGAACAAGAAGACUUCAUGGCCCAAUGGAUAAGGCGCUGGUCUACGAAACCAGAGAUUCUGGGUUCGAUCCCCAGUGAAGUCGGUUUCUUUUUGAUGUUUUUGAGCUGUUCAUUGCAUAGGGUUCUCUUAUCUCACAAGCAACAUGGAACUCAAAAAAUAGAUAUGAUCUAACACAUUUAUUAAUGUUUCAGACAUUUUGAAUGCACUCGACAUAAAAAUAAAAUGAUCUUGGAAUACACAGUCUGCAAAUGGAAGAAUGCUUCUCAUCUGCAUCUUUCAAGAAGCACCUCAAAACGAUUCAGUAAGUCUUUAAGCUGGCUUAAUCUGGUCACCUAUACCAAACAAGAACACAACGGUUCUUCCAAGAGAAACCUAAGCAACAACCUCCACCAUUUGCCAGUUCUUGAUUCACAAGUGUAACUCCCCAUCUCUUAAGCUACAAGAGUCAACUACCAAACUACACGGCACAAGAUUCCAAGUCCCAAAGCUGUUGCAGAUAUUUGCUGAGUGCUCCGUCAAUUAAGAAAAUGAGAGACAUGUUUUGAAACUUUCUGAUCACAAUACCGUUGGAUACGAGAAACCAACCAGCCAUGUCGUGAGUUUUCAAGUCUCAAAAUUUCCAAUAAAAAAAAUAUAGACAAUUUAAGUUUUGUUACGAGAGAUUUUUCUAUUUCUUCUUCUCUUGUAUUUCUAUUCUUUCUGUUAUGCUUUUAUGUAAACAUACCUCUCUGCUCAUGACAUCAUGACUUGCUUCCCAAGCUACAUUACUCUUCCUCUUUCCAUUUUCAUUUCAGUAUUAAUAGAUCAUUUAGCAAAAAUAUGGACGAUUUCGCCUUUUUUUAAACGGAAUAUUUCUGAUUUCUUUGGAGUUCCUAUUUUUCUUGUAUUUUCUUUCUUCUCAGGUUAAUCCGGGUAUAUAUAUAUAUGUUUCUGUCUAAAAGACAAAAAAAACUACACAAGUAUUCUUUUUUCUUUUACUUUCAAUAGCUAUCUCUAGUUUUUUCUUUAAAAAAACAUCAAUAUGAUCAUUGGUGCAUUAUAUCCUAUUGAUACUGUCGAACCCAUCCAUCCUGCUAUGAUUAUAACAAAACAACUGACAAACACUGAUUAUGUACACAGUAUGGUGUUACCGAGAGAACAAAUUGAGUCAGUUCUCGCGGUGAUGGAUGGUGUUACAGAUGAGGGUUUAAGAAACGGUAAGGAAGUGGAUGUUUAUGAUGCAACGGAAGAAGACGAAUACAAAGUCACCAUAAAGCGUGUUAACGACGACACCAAAUAUGUUUUUGGAAAAGGUUGGAGUACAAUGAAGUAUUCUUUGGAUCUCGAAGAAGGCCAAGAACUGAAGCUCUACUGGCAUCGUGGUUACAAGAGAUUCAUUGUUCUCAAUUUUCAGUACACUCUUCUAAUGAUUUAA